AUGGGUGCAUGUUGCAGUUGUUUAAGCGGACAUGGCGGAGACGGAAGUCAAAACCAAUUGUUAUUAGCUGAAAAUGAGAGAGAGGCAAUAUCAGCCUUGUUGCAAUAUUUGGAAAAUAGAUCAGAUGUUGAUUUUUUCAGCAAUGGACCAUUAAGAGCACUUAGUACAUUGGUGUAUUCUGAGAAUAUCGACUUGCAAAGAAGUGCGGCAUUAGCAUUUGCUGAAAUAACCGAAAAGGAUGUCAGAGAGGUAAAUCGAGAUGUACUAGAACCGAUAUUAAUCUUGCUUCAAUCUAAUGACUCAGAAGUUCAAAGAGCAGCAUGUGGUGCUUUGGGAAAUUUGGCAGUGAAUACGGAGAAUAAAAUUCUUAUUGUUGAAAUGGGUGGAUUGGAGCCAUUGAUUAGACAAAUGAUGUCUACAAACAUUGAAGUUCAGUGCAAUGCUGUUGGAUGCAUAACCAAUUUGGCCACUCAAGAUGACAAUAAGUCUAAAAUUGCAAAAAGUGGUGCCUUGAUACCCUUGACAAAAUUGGCCAAGCUGAAGGACAUUAGAGUUCAAAGAAAUGCUACCGGUGCACUUUUGAAUAUGACACAUCUGGGUGAAAAUAGACAAGAGUUGGUAAAUGCAGGGGCAGUCCCUGUGUUAGUAUCAUUGCUUUCCAAUGAUGAUGCUGAUGUACAGUAUUACUGUACCACAGCAUUAUCCAACAUUGCUGUUGAUGAAACCAACAGAAGAAAAUUGGCCAAUACCGAGCCAAAGUUGGUUAGCCAGUUGGUGAACUUGAUGGAUAGUCCGUCACCUAGAGUUCAAUGUCAGGCAACUUUAGCAUUGAGAAACUUGGCCUCCGACAGUGGUUACCAAGUUGAGAUUGUUAGAGCUGGAGGAUUACCACACUUGGUGCAAUUAUUGACUUGUAACCACCAACCAUUGAUUCUUGCAGCUGUUGCUUGUAUUAGAAACAUAUCGAUCCAUCCUUUGAACGAAGCUUUAAUUAUUGAAGCAGGAUUUUUAAAACCAUUGGUCGACUUGUUGGAUUACACCGAUUCAGAAGAGAUUCAAUGCCACGCAGUGUCCACCUUGAGAAAUUUGGCUGCAUCUAGUGAAAAGAAUAGAACUGCAUUGUUGGCAGCUGGAGCUGUUGAUAAAUGUAAGGAUUUAGUAUUGAAAGUCCCGUUAUCUGUUCAACUGGAAAUUAGCGCUUGUUUUGCAAUCUUGGCAUUGGCUGAUGAUUUGAAACCAAAGUUGUACGAAGCGCAUAUAAUCGACGUGUUGAUCCCACUAACAUUUUCUGAAAACGGAGAAGUAUGUGGAAACUCGGCUGCUGCAUUAGCCAAUUUGUGUUCCAGAGUAUCACCCGACCACAAGCAAUACAUUUUGAACAAUUGGCAACAACCAAACGAAGGUAUACAUGGUUUCUUGAUUAGAUUUUUGGAGCUGGGAAGUGCAACAUUUGAACAUAUUGCAUUGUGGACGAUAUUGCAAUUAUUAGAAUCAAACAGCCCCGAAUUUAAUAGCUUUAUCAAGGAAGAUGAAGCGAUACUUACAGGUAUCAAACAAAUGAGUAACUCACAGCUGCAAUUAAAUCAAGGUGACAGGAAUGGACAAGUCAAUCCCGAUGAUCAAUAUGAAGAUCCAAAAGUGGAAUUGUAUAAUUUAACUCAACAAAUUCUACAAAUUUUGGGAUAA